AUGGGAUUCGAAUACGAAAAGCUGAAAAAAGAAGAAGCAGAUGGGCUCAGACGCGCAGCAUUCUUUGGCAUUGCUAUUUCAACAGUAGCAACAUUGACAGCAAUUGUUGCUGUACCUAUGCUUUAUAACUAUGUACAACAUGUGCAAUCAUCAUUAGAAGGCGAACUUGAUUUCUGUCGGCAUCGAACAGAUGGAUUAUGGCAUGAGUACCAAAUGGUCAUAAUUAAAUAUUGUGCUUAUUAUAAUGGUUAA